ACUUCCGGUUACUGUAUUCAGUAAAUAUUGACACUAUAUCACAGUAGCGAAGCUGCAUCGAUGAUGUCUGGGGAGGGAGGAGGGGACGCCCAUGUGGCAGAAGAGGACACACAAAGCAGCUACCACAGUCAGGAACAGACCGUCUUCCUAAUUGACAACAUGCAGAAGCUCCGUCUCGACUCCAGCUACACAGACAUUGUGAUCAGCAUCGAAGGUUGCAAGUUUCCCUGCCACAAGAUCGUCCUUGCUGCGGGGUCCCCUUACUUCAAGUCCAUGUUCUCAUCCGGGAUGGAGGAGAGCUUCAAGGAUGUCAUUGACAUCAAACAGAUAGAUGCAUCCGUGUUUGAGCACGUGCUUCACUUCAUCUACACAGGUAAUGUGAGCAUGACGGGCACAAUUGUCCAGGAACUGUUCAGUCAGGCACAUCUGUUUCAGGUUCUGACGCUAGUGGAGCUCUGUGUCCAAUAUUUCCAGCAGAACAUGAACGAUGGGAAUUGUCUCGCUGCAAUGACCCUGGCUGACAUCCAUGCUCACAAGCCCCUUUACAACUUUGCAAAGAAGUUUGCCUGUGAACAUUUCCCAGCAGUGUUUUUGGAUGAUGAUUUUUCCAAAUUGUCUAUGGACUGUAUUGUAGAUCUGUUGCGAGACAGACGUCUGAAUUGUACGUCUGAGGAGCAGGUGUUUGACGCUGCAGUCAAGUGGUUGGAAUCUGAUUCAGAGAGGAGACUCAGCUACAAGUUCCAGGUCCUUGAAUGUGUAAAGUUUCCACUGAUCAGCCAGAGUUACUUGAUGGACGUUGUUGUGAAGACUGGUCAUCUGUCAGACGAAGACAAGGGCAAGGAGUUGCUGGAGGAGGCUGUGCUGUAUCAUACUGUCCCUUCACGUCGUCAUAUGCUCCCGUCAUACCAGAUCACACCUCGGUAUUCCUUUCAAUACUUUGAGAGUGCCAUCCUACUUGGCGGACGGCUGAUGGAUGGCUUAAGUAAUGAUGUUGAAUAUUACAGGUCAGACACAAAAGAAUUCUGUUCGCUUAAAGCUCUUCCCUUCAAAAAGAGAAAUGAAUUUGCUGCUUGUGCUAUAGGGGAUGAAAUUUAUGUGUCAGGUGGUCUGCGAAGCUCGGAAUUCUGGAAGUAUGAUCCAACUUUUGAAACAUGGCUACGAGGUGCCAACAUGCUGCAUGCUCGGAGGCGCCAUGCGAUGUCUGCAGUGGAUGACCUCAUCUGUGUUCUGGGAGGAUUUGAUGAGGACAGCGUUUUGGCGUCUAUCGAGAUGUGGGACAAGAAAUCAAACAAAUGGGAGGAAGGAGGUCACCUGAUCACAGGUGUAGAAAACAUGGGCUUCGUUUCGUACGGCAAGAAGAUUUAUUUAUUUGGCGGCAAGAACAAUGAGGAGAUGGUUACCAACACAGUCCAGUGUUACGACACUGUCACUAAGACGUGCAGUGUCCUUCAGAAAGGCCUGCCAGCUAACGACAUGUGUCUCACAGCCUGUUUGCUUAACAACCAGAUCUAUGUGGUUGGAUUGGAAGGUGUGUUCCGAUACUCCCCUGCGUCAGACACCUGGGACAUUCUCCCAGACAUGAGUUACCCCAGAGACUUCGUCAGUCUGUGUGUCCUGGAUGAAAAGCUUUAUGCCUUUGGAGGUCGGCGUCGAGGCGCGAAAGACAACUUGUAUUCGGAUGUGAUUGAGUAUUAUGACCCUGAGAGCACCCGAUGGUUUACUUCUGGGAAUAUCCCUGUGCCUAUGUAUUCUUAUGGUUGUGUCAGGGUAUUCCUGUGUCAACAGAGGCGGGAGCGUACCCAGAGCCAGACUGAGAGGGUGCCGCACCCACCAUGUUAGGGGUGUCACAGCAUCCAACCCUGUAGAUAUGUUUCUGCAAACAACCUUGUUAGGUGUGAGUCUUGGCAUCCAGCCAACUAGAUAUAUGUCUCAAUACUUCUCAUUUGUUAUCGAUCUUAUUUCCUACAAUUGUACAGAAACGUGGUUUGGUUGAUAUUAUCUCAACAGAAAACUCAGAGUUGUCAGUCAAUGAAUGUUAUGAAUAUCCUUAUGGAAAUUCUCCGGGACUCACAGUUCGAUUAACAUUCAGUAACACCUGAAUCCAUUCCUCUACUUCUCGCAAUUUCUGAUUAUUAACCCUUGAUUUUCAGUAACCAAUGAAUCAUUUGUCAAGAUAAGACUAUUAGAAGCGUGUAAACUAGUUAACAUGAAGACCUCGCUUCUAUCAAAACAACCUUUUAGAUGUUUGUAUCAUUUGGCUGCCAUGUUGUUGAGAUAACCAACCCAACACUGAGGCUGAUUUCUGUUCGGACUGUUAGUCUGAGUAGUGUACGAAUUUGCAAAACUGAAAUCAAGGGGUAAUGUGGGGGGGGUCAUUCUCUUCCCACAGAGGUUACUUGUCAUAUCUUCCUAUGAACCUCUGUUCUAAUACGGCCAUAUUUCCCGGUUCUUGUAAAAUUCCCUUGCGGCAAAAAACUGCAACACAAAUGAUCUCCCUUCUCUCUAUCCAGUCAGAACACGUGCUACAUCAACUUA